AUGCUUUCCUGGAUCUACCCAUUGCGAAUCGUGCAAGCCAUCCUGUCCCUAGCCACUAUUGGUCUUACUGCAUAUGAAAUUGCCUCUCUGUACGACGAAUGGUCCUACUCAAAUGUCAUCUACUACAUGCUCUUCAACGGCUGCUGGACAACGGCCAUCGCAGUUCCCUACUUGGGCCUCGCACCCGUAGCCUACCCUCGAUUUUCACAUGAAAUCGCCAUUCCCCUCAUAGAACUGCUCACCGGCGGCCUCUGGCUCAGCGGUUGGAUCGCCUUGGCUGUCAUGAUCCCCUCGCCUGGCGCAUGCCACUAUUCCAGCUGCCACGCUCUCCAAGCUUUGAUUGUCGUCGGGGCCAUCCAAUGGGCUACUUUCGUUGUCACAAACACCUUCGCCAUCAUAGACGUGAAGAACUCUCGCCGCAACGCGAAGAACCACCGCAACGAUGCCCCAGAGAUGACUGCAGCUGGGGCAAAUACCAACGGCAACAACACUACCGCCACCGCUGAUGCUGUCUAG